AUGAACGGCGACCAUGGACCUAUCUUGGACAAGGAUAACAUUAUAAAUGUAAGAGAUGGAGAAUCGCUUUAUCAGAUAUGCAUCAAACUGCGCCGGCGCUUGUCUGGCGUCCCUGGCUUCCGCCCUUACCUCGACGAGAUGGAAGAGCGCGAGGCGGACGGCUUGACCGAUCCCGUAUCCUCCCUAUGGCAGUGCUUCCGGAGUGGACUGCCAUUGCUCACCAUCUAUAAUGCUUCCGACCCCGAAGAAGGCGAGCUUGUGGUUGGCACGAGUCGCCCAGAGAGGGUGGGGAAGGAAGCUGCCUUCCUCUUCAUCAAGUCUUGCAUGCAGAAGAUGAACAUCCCAGCAGCGGACACCUUCACAGUCACCGACUUAUACAGUGAUAACACCACUGGUUUUGUCAAAGUGACGAAGCUCGUUAAUCGUGUGCUCGAUAUGUUGCGACUCAGUGGCAAGUUACAUCCAUCCACGGAUAGCGAAGACUCCCGGGAUGGGAUCGACGCUGCCUCCAACGCUCCGGAACAAGCGCCAAAGUCGAUGACCCGCAGACAGUACAUUUUGAGGGAACUCGUGGAGACGGAAAGGCAAUAUGUCCAUCACUUGCAGAAUUUGCAAGCUUUGAAGAAGGAAUUGGAAGAAGUCGGCGCGCUGACGGGCGAUGCCAUUCACAAUAUUUUUCUGAACCUCAAUAAUCUACUGGAUUUUGCGCAACGAUUUUUGAUCCGUAUUGAACAACAAAAUGAGAUACCCGAGGAGCAGCAAAACUGGGGCCAACUGUUUGUCCACUACAAAGACCCGUUCAGGCAAUAUGAGCCCUUCAUCGCCAACCAGAGGAGAUGCGAAGCCGCUUGCCAGCAAGAAUGGGACAAAAUGGUUGCUCAUGCCCGAUCGACACUCACGCAGCAAAUGCUCGCAAACCCUACCAUUCUGAACGGAUUUCUACUAAAGCCAUUUCAGCGGCUGACGAAAUAUCCGUUAUUGCUGAAGGAUCUUCUCAAUCAAACGCCAGACGAACAGCUAAAGUCCGACAUCACAAACGCCAUCGCAAUCAUUCAAGACGUGCUGAUGCAGGCGGAUGCUUCUAUCGACAAAGAGACCAGGGACGACGCUCUCCAAGAUCUGCAAGAGCGGAUCGACGACUGGAAACAACUACAAAUAUCCUCGUUUGGGGAACUGCUUCUACUUGGAACAUUCAAUGUGAUGAAGGACAGCGGUCUGCGGUCGGAGGAGAAGGAGUAUCACAUCUACCUUUUCAGCCGCAUCUUGAUCAUGUGCAAGGAUGUCAAUGCCAACAAGCCCAAGAACAGAUUGGCGAACAACAAGCCCUCGCUCAGUCUUCGGGGCAAGCCAAAGAUGAACUUGAAGGGUCGAAUCUACUUCACCAACGUCACCUCGGUCACGCCGCAAACGAGUCCCGGCAAUUAUUCUUUGCAGAUAUCAUGGAAAGGUGAGCCUGCGGUGGAAACAUUCAUCAUCAAGUUCAAAAACGACGACACCCUGCAGAAAUGGCACAACAUGAUCGAGACCCAGCGUUCGUCCUGCAUGCUGGAGGCCAAGUCGAGGGGCAUAUCUGAGACGCAUCUCCUGUCAUUACAGGGCGCCAAUCUCGAGAACCCGUACCUUGCUCAAGACGAGGAUGAUGACUACAGCAGACUCUCUGGAACCACCUAUGGCGGCACAGAAGUCAACGGCUUUUCGGAAUUCAGCAUGAGCAGAAACGCGUCAAGCACCAGUCUGCGGUCACGAUCCGCCACCAACGGGAGUGGUGGUAGUGGUCCUCAUAUGUCGGCAGGGCGCAUGCGGGUUCCGACCGCUGAGAUAGGCGGCCUUUCGCUCAAUACUCGAGGUCUGCCGCAGGCGUCUCCACAAGACUAUCCCGCCGGCUCGUACUUCUCCCCUAUCGAUCGGGAUACGCCACCAGGAUCCUCCAUGUCAGCCCGGUCAAGUUCGCAGUCUGCUUUUGCAGGCUACCAGCGUGGCACCACUCCGGUCAGUGGAAGCAUGUAUGCGCCCGAAUCCUACCGGAACACGGCGCCUGCCGUGGCUCGAAACCCGAAUGGGCAAUCAAAUGGUAAUCCGUACUUGAGCGGUGGUCGAAGUCGAGGACCUUCGUCCGGGCCCAGUAUAGGGCCUCCUCGCAUGCGAUCGGCAAGCAGUCCCGAUGUGCAUCCUAUGAUUCAACAGAGCCGUAAGUACACUUCAUCUGAAAAUGUACCAAAUGUGCCCCCUAUCCCAGCGCACAUGGCAAAGCAGAUGGCGCCUCCUAGCAGGAGCCAAAGCAAUUCGCCGAAUAAUGGGCCGCCUUCGCGCGGCGGGACUCCUCACCAGCAGUACGGGCUACCCCAGACGGUGCGUCCUGGCAUGCCAAAUCAUGGAUAUAGCUAUGAUCCGCCCUACGGUCCUGAUGCUAGACGGCCCGGACACGCACCAUCUCUCUCACAGAGCCGAGCCUUUUCGCCUCCAAUUUCGUCACCGUCGAGUGACGGAGAUUCGUACAUCCCAAGUCAGCUCAAAGCGAAGGUCUGUUUCGAAGAGAACUACGUUUCGAUGAUAAUAGCCAGCAAUAUCCAGUUUCGGUCCUUGGCAGACCGAAUCGACGCAAAGCUGGCAAGGUUCACCAGCCAUUCUAUUGCAUCGGGCUCGGUUCGGUUACGCUAUCGGGACGAAGAUGGCGACUUCAUCCUGAUCGAUAGUGACGAGGCCGUACAUGAAGCGCUGCUGGACUGGCGCGAGACACAUGCUGUGAACUCGUCAAAUCCACAAAACGCCGAACUGUUGCUCUUUGCGCAUGCUGCUGCCAGCGACGGUGUCGGGAAUGGUUGA